UGGUGAAAGGGGAGAGAGAAAAAAGAGGGUGACACGUGGCCCUAGUUUCCAUGUAGGCUGAGAGAACUGUUAUAUAUACGUCUUCUUCUGCCACCCACCAUUGUUAACCUUAACCUUAACCUUAACCUCUUCUUCUUUCAUUCAUUCUGCAACUUCUCACAAAACAAAAACUCCGUUGCAUGAUCCUCUCAAAAUGGCUUCUGCCUGCGUCAACAACAUAGCAAUCUCGCCGGAAACAACCUUCCUCGACCUCCCUCCCUGGCUCUCACCUCGAGGAUCCGAACCCGAACCGGACUUCGAGUUCCCCCUCGAUUCCCCCGCCACCAUGCUCCCCGCCGACCAGCUUUUCUCCGACGGAAAACUUGUCCCUCUUCACCUCAAAACCCCAACCAUCACAACCACCACCACCACCACCUUCCAAACCCUAACGCUAACCAACGCCGCAACAGCAACAAUCUCCCCUCAAACUCCCAAAUCCCCUUCAUCCACUGCCGCCACUACGGCUACUGACCCCUAUGUCUUCUCCCCCAAAGCCCCACGCUGUUCCUCCCGCUGGAAAGACCUCCUCGGCCUAAAAAAACUCUACCACACCACCACCCCUACCAAACCCUCCCCUUCCACUACUUCCAAAUCUCUAAAAAACCUCCUACACCGCAAAACGGUGUCGUCUUCUACCAGCUCCGAAAACGCCCCACUUCUUACCAACUCCUGUGACGCCGAAUCCCUAUCGAUCUCCUCUCGUCUAUCUCUCUCAUCCUCCUCGUCCAGCCACGACCACGACGACCUCCCUCGCCUCUCGCUCGAUUCCGAAAAAUCAAACCCUAACACCAAUAUGACCUCAAAUGUAAACCCUAACCUCAGCCAGAUCUCGAUCCACAGAAACCCUAACCCUAGAAUCCGAUUAGUCAAACCGCGCGCUGGGUCCUUUGACUCCAACAAAACCGUUUUGGAUCAGCCUUCCCGCCCUGGGAGGAGUCCGAUCCGGAGAGAACCGGAAACGGUGGGGUGUAGGGGCGUUUCUGUGGACAGCCCUAGAAUGAACUCUUCGGGCAAAAUCGUGUUCCAGAGCUUGGAACGAAGCUCGAGUUCUCCCAGCACCUUCAACGGUGGGCCCCGCUUCAAGCACCGUGGCAUGGAACGUUCUUAUUCCGCUAACGUCAGAGUCACGCCCGUUCUCAACGUCCCCGUUUGCUCCCUCCGCGGCGCGUCCAAAUCCGGUUCUGUUUUCGGGUUCGGGCAACUGUUUUCUUCGCCGCAGAAGAAAGAAACGACGGGGAGUAACAGCAGGGGGCAUCACCAAAGUGGUAGGAGUAAUCGGAAUUGACGUAAAUACCCUUCUUUAGAUGAAGAAAAAAGGGAAGAGGCACGGUGUUGAUUUGGGGGUUUGGUUGGUUGGUUCAUUUAAUUUGAUUUUGUUAAAGUUUUAGGAUGAUUAAUGUAAAUACGCGAGGUGGGGUUCGAUGGAUUUUUAGAUGCCCUUUGUUGUUUUCUCAGCAUGAUGAUAAUUGAUAAAAGAUCCCGUUACUGUGUUUGAAACAGUGAGCUCUUUGGUUUUUUACGGCGCUGUUAUUUUGUUUUUCUGAAUUUGAUAGUUGGAAGUAAAAAGUGAUUUUUUUAGUAGUAUUAAUUAAAAUAUUUGGAGAUCUGUUGGGGUAACAUGUUGAGUUUAUCUCGUGUCUGUUUGUGGAUUUUGUUUUGUGGUUAUUUUUUUCUAUGUUGUAAAGGGUUUUGGGAAAUGAUGCCAAAAAUUCAAACAGAGGCGCCAGCUCUGCUGAAUUAUUAUUUGCACGUCAGUCUGAUCCCAAUCCUUAUUACAGUGAAGUUUUAAUUAAAUCUAAGUGACCAAUUAUGGUCUAUUUUUAAAUCUAUGAUGUGUGGUGUACGGAUAUUGUGUUUUAUUUUUCUUAGGUGGAAUUAGUUUGGGGGUGGUCCACACCUGAAGCUGAGUGUGUGACCUUUAUGGAAGAUUCAAUAGGGUGGGGGCAGUGUUGUUCUCACUAUCUUUUUAAUUCUUUUAAUCAAGAUGUGUGUACUUUGAUCAUGGAGAUGAAAUGAGUUUCCCAGAAGGGAUUAUGAUGCUUGAAUGAAUAAUCUAACAUGAUUUCACUAUUAAAUUUGCCCUUUGUGUGCGUCCGAGAUAUUGAUGGAGGGGUGGAACAGAACACCCUCAAAUUGGGUGAUCUAUGUUUGUUGUUGGAUGAAGUUUUUUGUUCACUUGAUGAUGGAUGAAACGAUAUGAGUCAUGGAGGUGAUGGGGUCCGUUGUUAAUUAGAUAUGGUAGGACCAUUUCCUGUUUGCUAGAAGCAAUUUGAUAUUUGGUAUAAGCAAAGUGCAUAAUUGAGGGAAGGGAUAUGUUGAAAAGUUGAAUGGCUUUGGACCCCUUCGCCUUUUCCAUCCAUCCUUUAUGAUGUUAGUAAAUGGUUCUAGUUCCGUGGUACUAUCACGGGUCUUGGUCAUAUUCAAAUUAUAUUCUUGGGGAUUAAACUCCUAA